UAUAAAUGUCAUCUGUCAUUAAGAUAAAUUCUAUUAAAAAACCACAACAAUGAAAAGAUUUGCGUUAAUUUUAAUAUGUUGUGUUAAUUUAUUAGUGAAUGAGGCUUACAUAAACACCACAGUAAUUAACGGAAAGUUAAACCAGAGUAUUUCAGUAAAUGUAACCAAAUAUUUAGAAUAUAUAAUCGAUUACGAUCGUGUUCAGACAAAUACACCAAUUCGUAUAACAGUUGGAAGUUAUAAUGCAAAAAGAGGUGCCCCUGCUAUAAUCGUAGUUCGACAAAAACAAAACGUCUUAUCUUGGCAAUUACCAAUGAUAGUCGACCCGGGUUCGACAAAUUUAGAAUAUCAAGAAAGUGGAAGAACUUUAUGUUAUGAUAGCACUAAAAUGGAAAGUUUUACGUUUCGUCCAAACCUUUACGAAGAGCCCAUCAUAACAAUUUCAACCUCCUCGGAACAUCAAGUAAGCGUUUCCGUUGUUACGGAACCAGAGGAAGAUUUUUUUUUGGAACCAUCGAAAAAUUACAGCGUUGUUAUCUCUCCGAGCACCCCAAGAUUUUAUUAUUACGGAUUUCCCGCUUCGAAUUCAACGACUAGUAAUUACGACACGGUUAUUUUAGAAUUAGUUUCGACGAAUUUUAUUUGUAUGACCGUUAGUUUACAAAAUGCAACGUGUCCUGUUAAAGAUUUAAACGACGACAUAACCUUUCAAGGUCAUUACGAGACUGUUGGGAAUAAAGGUGGGAUAACAAUUUCAAAAUCGAAGUUUCCCAAAGGAUUUUUCUUGGUUUUUGUGGCAAAAGGAAACGAUUUCGAUUGUACGGGAAGUUUAGAAAUUAAAAACGUCUCAACAAUGAGAACUAAGCCCAUCUCGUUUAUGAUUAAGCCUAGUAUUACUUACAACGAUUAUUUCAACGCGGUUGUUGUGACUUUGGCAACAAUAACUGCUUUUUAUGUCAUGUUUGGAAUUAGUUUGUGUAUUUGUAAUCAUAGAUGUUAUAAACCAAGAACUAUGGAAUAUGUGCACACGAAUGACUCAGAAACUUCAACUCCAAGUGUUUCAAGAGUUACUUUAGAAAGGGAAGAUGCAAUAUCAUUUAACGACUCAGAAUAUGAUACUUUGGACGAUAUUAACCAACACCGCGAAUUAAUCGCCGGGAAACCCAACAUUUUCGUCAGCGAUUUAGCCCGCAAGAAACAACACGUUUUAAUUAAACGUUCGUAUUCGUAUCUUUGGCACGUGUUAACUGUUGGGCUUUUUUAUCUACUUCCUGUGGUGCAACUUGUUAUAACGUAUCAAAAAGUCCUCAAUGAUACCGGAAAUCAAGAUUUAUGUUACUACAAUUUUUUGUGCGCUCACCCUUUUGGAUUUUUUAGCGAUUUUAAUCAUUUAUUUUCGAAUAUUGGUUAUGUUUUAUUUGGAUUGUUGUUCUUAUGGAUUACUUAUAGGAGAGAGAAGUGGCAUCAAGAUUUAAUUUUUGAUAGGACUUACGGUGUGCCACAACAUUACGGAUUAUUUUACGCCAUCGGAUUUGCUUUAAUAAUGGAAGGAUUGUUAUCGGGAAGUUACCACAUUUGCCCGAACCAUUCAAAUUUCCAAUUCGACACGAGUUUUAUGUAUGUAACCGCCGUUUUAUGUAUGAUUAAGAUCUAUCAAACGAGACAUCCCGAUAUUAACGCUAGCGCUUACUCCACUUUUGGUAUUUUAGCGGUUGCAAUACUUUUAGGCAUGAUUGGAAUUUUAGAGGCUAAUAAUUGGUUUUGGAUAUUUUUUACCAUCAUUCACAUCUUAACUUGUUCUUAUUUAACAGUUAAAGUCUAUUAUAUGGGUUUUUGUAGCUUUGAUAUGGGAAUGUUUUUAAGAGCGUUUCGGACGUUUCAUCAAGAUUUUAGAGCUGGAUUUAUAUAUAUUUUUAUGCCUUUACAUAAAAGUCGCAUGAUUUUAUUGAUCAUCGGGAACAUUUUAAAUUGGAGCAUGGCUGCUUAUGGAAUUUACAGUGAAGCUGACUUUGCUGUUUACCUUUUAGGUUUAUUCAUGUUGAACACCGUGUAUUAUUUUACAUUCUACAUCAUUAUGAAGUUAUUACACAAAGAAAAAAUUAACUCGCUAACCAUCUUAUUUUUAACGAUCUCCUUAACAUGCGCCGUUAUAUCGAUGUAUUGCUUCUUUCACAAAUCGAUUUCGUGGUCGUUAACCCCAGCCGAAUCUAGAUUUUACAACCAAGAGUGCAUUUUGAUGCGAUUUUACGAUUACCACGAUUUGUGGCACUUUUUAAGCUCAAUCGGCAUGUUUUUUAUGUUUAUGGUGUUAUUGACGUUGGAUGAUGAUCUUUCGCACACACCUCGUUCAGAAAUACCGGUAUUUUGAUACAAUGGACUGAUUUUAAACGUCGAUAUUAAUAUUUAGAUUUAAAACUUUGUGAGAAAGAGGUGUGAUACAUAAAAAAAGGAUGUUAUUAAACCUUAGUUAGGAUUAUGA